CUUGUGAAGAAUCAAUACUUCGAAACAAGUCUUUUACCCAUACGUAACCAAAAUGAAGGCCAAAACGUGUUUCUCUUUGGCAACAACGUCACCCAACCAGCCACUACCCAACUAGUCACUACCCAACCAGCCACUACCCAACUAGUCACUACCCAACUAGUGACUACCCAACCAGCCACUACCCAACCAGCCACUACCCAACCAGUCACUACCCAACCAGCCACUACCCAACCAGCCACUACCCAACCAGUCACUACCCAACCAGCCACUACCCAACUAGUCACUACCCAACUAGUGACUACCCAACCAGCCACUACCCAACCAGCCACUACCCAACCAGUCACUACCCAACCAGCCACUACCCAACCAGCCACUACCCAACCAGUCACUACCCAACCAGCCACUACCCAACCAGCCACUACCCAACCAGCCACUACCAAACCAGUCACUACCCAACCAGCCACUACCCAACCAGUCACUACCCAACCAGCCACUACCCAACCAGCCACUACCCAACCAGCCACUACCCAACCAGCCACUACCCAACCAGUCACUACCCAACCAGCCACUACCCAACCAGUCACUACCCAACCAGUCACUACCCAACCAGCCACUACCCAACCAGCCACUACCCAACCAGCCACUACCCAACCAGCCACUACCUAACCAGCCACUACCCAACCAGUCACUACCCAACCAGCCACUACCCAACAAUCCACUACCCAACAAGCCACUACCCAACCAGCCACUACCCAACAAGCCACUACCCAACCAGCUACUGCCCAACAAGCCACUACCCUACCAGUCACUACCCAACCAGCCACUACCAAACCAGCCACUACCCAACCAGCCACUACCCAACCAGCCACUACCCAACCAGUCACUACCCAACCAGCCACUACCCAACCAGCCACUACCCAACCAGUCACUACCCAACCAGCCACUACCCAACCAGCCACUACCCAACCAGCCACUACCAAACCAGUCACUACCCAACCAGCCACUACCCAACCAGUCACUACCCAACCAGCCACUACCCAACCAGCCACUACCCAACCAGCCACUACCCAACCAGCCACUACCCAACCAGUCACUACCCAACCAGCCACUACCCAACCAGUCACUACCCAACCAGUCACUACCCAACCAGCCACUACCCAACCAGCCACUACCCAACCAGCCACUACCCAACCAGCCACUACCUAACCAGCCACUACCCAACCAGCCACUACCCAACCAGCCACUACCCAACAAUCCACUACCCAACCAGCCACUACCCAACAAGCCACUACCCAACCAGCUACUGCCCAACAAGCCACUACCCUACCAGUCACUACCCAACCAGCCACUACCAAACCAGCCACUACCAAACCAGCCACUACCAAACCAGUCACUACCAAACCAGCCACUACCCAACCAGCCACUACCCAAACAGUCACUACCCAACCAGCCACUACCCAACCAGCCACUACCCAACCAGCAAGGCAAAGAAAUACUUCAGUUCGGUUCAGUGCAAAUCAAAGCACAUUUGAAUCCUCCCAGUUACGAAGUUUGUGCCAAGCUCUUUGA